CCGGGCUGACAGUCAGCUGAUGGUCGCUGACAGUUGAGAAAAAGUUUUGUUUCUCUAGGCUACUAAUAUGUUAAUUAGCUCUCGGAGUGUGCGACCCUAUUGGCUCUUCGUCCGAGUCAAUUUCACAUUUCCAGCCUGACGUCAGGGGAGCUACAAUGCUCUUAAACUCAUCUGCUGUGUGAUCCCUCUAAAAAAUCUCCCCACCAGUCCGCGGUUUAUAACGUGCGAGGCUGAGCUUGCUCCUGACUUUCGGCUCUUCUCUCUCUCCGCUUGCGCAAUGUAUUCAUGAAGAAACCGUGAAGUGUUAAAUGUUUGAAAUAGAAAAGCGCCGAAUUUCACAUGCUGAAAAAGGACUCCGCUACUCGUGCGCGCGGCACUGCUGUGUCUGUGCAGUAGACUCUGCAAAGAAAAACUACUCUCACACGCCUGCAAGUCCGUGGCUGCAGAAAGGACGCUGAAAAGCUCUUUUUUUUCCAGUUUUAAGAGAAACGCUUAAAAAUCAAACUGGCUCACGUUCUUCCCAACCAACCCAGUUUGACAGCUGCUCUUCAUCCCGUUUGGAGGACUGUCAGCAGCAAGAGGAUGGCAUCAGAGCUGGCAAUGAGCAACUCCGACCUGCCCACCAGUCCCCUGGCCAUGGAAUAUGUUAAUGACUUCGAUCUGAUGAAGUUUGAAGUGAAAAAGGAGCCGGUGGAGCCCGAUCGCAACAUCAGCCAGUGCAGUCGCCUUAUCGCCGGGGGAUCCUUGUCUUCCACCCCGAUGAGCACGCCUUGCAGCUCGGUGCCCCCCUCCCCAAGCUUCUCUGCGCCCAGUCCGGGCUCGGGGAGCGAGCAGAAGACACACAUAGAGGAUUUCUACUGGAUGUCCGGUUAUCAACAGCAGUUGAAUCCAGAGGCGCUGGGCUUCAGCCCUGAAGACGCAGUCGAGGCGCUGAUCAACAGCAGUCACCAGCUCCAAUCAUUUGAUGGCUAUGCCAGAGGCCAGCAGUUUGCUGGCGCAGCCGGGGCGGGAGGCACGAUGGCCGGGGAAGAGAUGGGGUCCGCUGCAGCGGUGGUGUCUGCAGUUAUCGCUGCGGCAGCCGCUCAGAACGGAGCACAACACCACCACCACCACCAUCACCACCACAGCAGCAGCCAUCACCAGGCACCUGGCGUGCAGUCCAACGGUACUUCUGGAACAAAUCACCCACACAUGCGCUUGGAGGAGCGGUUUUCAGACGAGCAGCUGGUCACCAUGUCAGUGCGGGAGCUCAACCGGCAGCUACGGGGGGUCAGCAAGGAAGAAGUGAUCAGAUUGAAACAGAAGAGGAGGACCCUAAAGAACAGAGGCUACGCUCAGUCCUGUCGGUUCAAGCGGGUCCAGCAGCGGCACGUCCUGGAGGGAGAGAAGACUCAACUCAUGCAGCAGGUCGAGCACCUAAAGCAGGAGAUCUCCAGGCUGGUCCGGGAGAGGGAUGCGUACAAAGAAAAGUACGAGAAGCUCAUCAGCAACGGCUUCAGAGAAAAUGGAUCCAGCAGUGACAACAACCCUUCAUCUCCGGAGUUUUUCAUGUCAUCAAGAAAAUUCCUUCAUCUGUGAUUUCAAGCCCCAUUCCUUCAUGCCCUUGGUUCCUUGAGAUAAUGACUGAGCAGUGAUGACACCAGACCGGCUGACCAAUCACACGGAGACUCAUACAAAGCACAACAUUCAAAAAUGACUUCACUGAAGAACAAAAGACAAGAUCUGCUGAAAUCCCUCAAAAUCCCUGCAGUGGAAUUCUUGAAAGCCUCUUACUACUCCUGUUUCCCUCCCUGAUAUUUUACUUCCAGCUUUUUUCUACAAAACACAGAAAAAAAGAAAGACAUACUCCUGAGGUGGUUGACAAUACUAGAUAAAUAUAUUAGCAGGACUAUUUUCUCUUUGGUGGGAAGCUCAUUCUUGCAUGCUUCUGUAAAUAGAUCACAACAAAACCCUAUUCUUAUUCGUAAUAUAGGAAGCAUACCAAGUUGUUCUCACCAACCAUCACAUAAACCCUCAUGACUGUGUAUAGAGUACUCAUGGUUCGAUAUUUUCCAUAUAAAGCCAAUAUUCUUCUUAUCUCUUCAGAGACCAUGUGAUUACCAUUUCCAAUAUCAUUUCUCUACUCUUUAGACUGUAAAAACUGUACUUCAUAUUCUUCUUAUUCACUUUACAUAACAGCCUAGUCGUCCUCUCCAAUAUCCACUCUAGUACAUGUAAAUAGAGUUGAAUGAAGCCAACAGCAUGGAACAGACUAUAGUGUACAGUAUAUCUACCAUUGCCUAGUAGAUCACAAAUCUCACUAUGACGAUAUUUCAGACAAACCUUUUUAAAAGUUUAAAAUACUUGAACUUGUUUUCUGAUAGUUAAAAUAAUAGUUCAAGGUAUUUGGGCAUUUAUGCAUUUGUAUAAAUGCAUAAAGGCGAUAGCUAUAGGUAACAUUUGGCUACCUUACGGUAGUAAGGAUUAGAACACAGCAAUUCCUUUGGUACCACCAAUCAGUCCCACCAUGAAACAAAUGUUCUAAGUCAAGGGGAAAAGCAGGUAAUUCAGCCAAGCCAUGAGUCUGCCUUGGCACUUCUACAUUUUUUUUAACAUUUUAUAUUUUAAGUUAUUAUUUACGAUUUUUUUCCCAGUAUCUACAUUAUUAUUCUUUUCCAAUGCAAUAAUUGCCCUCUUCCUUCUCAUGAUGUAUGAGUUAUAACUGCUGCAGCAAAGUUGCUGUAAGUCUGAGGGGGCCAUUUUUAUAUAUUUAUUUAUUUUUGCAUGGUUUAUAACCAGUGCUCUGAUCCUGAACCUACACGUGGGGAAAAAGAACACCUCACUGAUUGCACUGUAGACAUGUGGACUCUGACCUCCAUCUUCCAUGAACUAUGAAGAUAACUAGAUAGACUGACAGAAAAUAUGCCAAGCCAAUGAACAGACAACCUCAAAGGCUACCCCGUCCUCUCCAGUGGUGAAGACAGAAAACCGUUGCAUGGACAACAGGGAAAACACUAGCUUGUCGAACACCUUAUGUCCACCAUCAUGCAUCGUCUACCUCUAAGUGUGCAUUGUGCAUUGAGGAAGUCAUGACUUUUCAAUGACCCUCUACUGUCCUCACAGUCCGCUUCUCCGCUGAUGUCUCUAGAGCCUCAUGAGGAGAGUCUUACUCCAUGAUGAGUGCUACAGAUGGACACGCAUGGCAAUGGGGAAGACAAAACAAACACUUGUUCACUUUCACACAAACAUACUCACUCAUAUGAGUGCAUGCAUACAGAUGCACAAUCAUACAGUGCCACUCAAAUAUGUUGUUGUAUAUAUGUACAGUAUAUCCACUAUGUAUAGUCCCAGAUGCUGUACUUUGCAUGUUGACUCGUACAGUAGAUGACAAUUAACCAUAACAAAGGGUGUGCAGGUAGGCCAAGUCAGUGGGAUUUACUCUCCAAACCAGUGCAAGCUCUUUGUCAGCUUUACAUCUUCUUAAAUUGAUUUGAGAAAAUGUAAAGUAACAUCACAGAAAUAGUUUUACCACUCCUGAUCCUAUUGUGAAAGGUCCUCUUCAGCUAAAGAGACACAUAACCUCACCUCUAAUGUCAGGACCUGGCCACAGUGAGCGUGGGUAGCAGAGGAGGCAAGGGAAGGUAAACUGGGGUGCUCCAAUAAAGUGGAAACACACAAAGUGGCAUGGGGCAUCCUGCCAGCAACUGUCCAUUCAUCCUAUGUCAAAAGGAUUUACACAUCUCACUGAGUCUAUGAGCUGCCAGAGAAGUCUGAGACCAAAGCAGAGGAGAGCAGAGAAAGCAAGUGGGGCUCAGGAGAAAGGUUGAAAAGAUUUUGAACCAAAAUCUGAGUUUAUGUUCUCCAGGUCUGUCCGCCAGCAGAAUAUUCUUUUCUGAUUGGCAUCCACCCUGGAGAAUUCAAUAACUCCCUUUACCUCAGACUGUUGCACCAUCAUGCAGCUCUCUGGGCUAUCAUGACCUCAUGUCCUGUCUGAGGUUAACUCUGUGUUAAUUAGCGAGGCCCUCAGUUCAGCCAGAUGUUCAGCCUUGUGGUUAAAUACCUGUUACCCUUCGAGCCCAGCAAGUCUUUAAUGCCUGCCCAGUUAGUCUCUCUGGAGACAGCGACACUAUCAACUUCACUAAGUGAGAGAUUUCUUUCUUUAUAGUUUAUUUAAUCAGGUUAAAUCCUCACUGAGAUUAAAAUCUCUUUUUCAAAAGUGACCUGGUGAUGCUGAGUACUGAAAUUUUAAAUACAUUUAACUGUUGUUUCCUUUUUUAAAUCAAAAUAAUCAAAGUUGGAUUAAAAAAAAAUUAGCACACAAUAUAUCAAGGGACAUUUACAGGGCACAAGGGGUUACCUACUUUGUAUGCUCCCUUUUUCAUCCAGUUUAUAUUAAGCAAUCUUCUUAACUCAAAUACUGUCAGCGCACAUUGAGUCACAUAAGCAUAUUUACAGUCAACAUGUAAACAAACUCAAAAUUAAGACUUAAGACUUAGCAGUGAUUAGUCAGAGAACAUUUAAAAUACAGGAGGGAUGAAGAUGUCACUCUGACAUGAGACACUAUAUGUGGUAAGAAAAGGCCUUAAGCAGGUGCUGAUUUUCUCUGAGCCUCAAGGCUUUCCAUUUUCUUAGAGGUACAGCUGCAGGCAACCUGUGACAGGCUGAUUUGUUUUUCCCAUGCUUUUGCAUGUUAGUACAGUGUUAUUCUGCCCUUUUAUCUGACAAUGACCCUGACCAGGAUCAGGACAUGUACGUAAACACAGCAUACAGUAGAUAUAUGAGCUCAUGUGCAGAAUCUGUGAAAGUACACACAGACACAUACUGCUCCUUUUCUCACAUGCACCAACACACCAUGCUAAUCUAAACAGCAAGGCUGUAUGUAAACAGAUCGUCGACAUAAUGGGAUUGUUCAGUGUGCAAACAAUAUGCUGUUAGCGUAAUCACAGGUCAAAGAUAUAUUACCCCGAGGGCCACGCUGUAGGUAUAUUAAUAUGAUGGAUAUGUGUGAUAGAGGAGGGGGUCAGGGAUACCAAGGAUAUAGAGCUCUGCUCAUUCUGAUUUACCCCCUGUUGGGCCCUGUUUACCGCCCAUCUCUCAUCUACCUCCCUUGGAAGGGGUCCCACUUAUUCAGCAUUCCUCUUCUUGCUUCUUCCCUCAUUUACCAACAUGUUUCUUGUAAAUUAGACUUCUUCCUUUCUUUACCUCACUCUAGCACCUCCCUCCUGUCUUUUUCUAUUGUCCUUUGCUCAUUCACCUUGCUCUAUAUAGAUAUAAUCCGUUUAAGCAAAUUUCUGUGAUCAUUGUGAUAGCAGGAUGAAAUGGCCCCACGAUCCUGUUUAUGGAUUAAGCAAAGAAAUGUUUGAGUGACAUUAGAUCAAGAAGGUGCCUUGCCCAUGCCUGAUACAUCAACAACAGGAAAAGAGCAAGGAAUAAACAAAAAGACAGCAAUUUGUAGUAUUAAUGUAGGGAUAUGAACAAUGUGAUAAACAGAACACAUAAAGCUGAUAUAAAUGAAUCGCCAUCUCCACUAAACCAUGUUUAAAGUACAGUGAUCUUGUUUCUCAAUGAGAAGCAGCAUCCAAGUGCUGUGUCAGUCAGGAUAAAUCCUGUGUGUAGCCCACUCCACUGCACAUAGCUUAUUAACUUAUCUCUGCUUUAUUUGAUUUUCUGAACUGGUUAAUAAGUCAGUGUUCUCCUGUCCAAACACUCCAUUAGUGUCAUCACUGGCUAGCUUGUGUGUGUACUGCAUACGUUUGUGGACCACUGAAGCAGAUGCACAUUGGGGCCAAGUGACAGAGUAAACACAGAGGUAGAACUGGGGAGAAACACAACCUGUAAGACAGGCAAUAGGCGCAGAGGUAACAUUAACAGUCAGGUUUCUGUGCAAAUGGAUCUUUGGCUGAAAAUGUGGUUUAAGACUUUUAGAUGGACAACCAAUAUAUAUGUUAAAAGUACAGUCUUUUGCUAAAAUAUUUAAGCAGCAAGCAGUUAUUACAUUUCAAUCAGGAUAAUAAUUUUGACUCCACAUGUUAUGUAACUGACAAGUUAAAAUACUAGUGAGAACUAUGUAACACUUCUGAAAACCAAAAUAGAUUCACUUCUCUUUGUGCAGUACAGUUGUAAAGUAGGAAGAACUUUCAGUUGCCACUGGUUCAGGAAGUUACAUUGUGACAGACAUGACUCAGUUGUAGUCCCUCUAUGGUCCAAACGGACAAGAAACUCCCAAUCAAAUCAUCAGUGCAAAAGAGUAACAACAGUGACAGAAAAUACCAUCUUUUCUGAUGAAAUAGCUUCAGAGGUAAAGUUGAUAAUGGCUCUCUAGGUGAAUUCUGGCCAGAAACAUCCAAUCACCAAGCUUAAAAUUCUGUUUUAUACACGACUAAGAGGGGAUGGAAGAUAAGGUUGCAGUGUUGACAAAAUUGGUAAUACAAUCUGCAGCUCAGACUAAUUCACUGUUGGAUUCUGAAUCUAUUUUGGAUAAAUUCAGCAAAAUCGGCACUGUAUUUUGCCCCCAGCUGCAAUGAUAAAGUAUUUUGAAUUUGCUAAUUGUUGAUUGUUGACUAUGACUGGUUUCUUGUGAAGCUCAUGAUGUAUUAAACCAUGCCUAACUGACAGAACAUUAUUUCUCAGAAUCAAAGUUGAAAUAACUAACAUUGGUGGCUAUGUUAUAAAUCUAUAGGACUAUAAUGUUAACCAGUAUCCUCUGCAUUUCUGUGUAAUGUUGAGGAUAUUGUUGAUAAAAGUUUGCAAUGAGGUCAAUAAGGCGGAAAAUGCCAAGAUCUCCUCCCAUUUUGCAACACACAUCCUUUUCCUCUCUAUCACACACACAAACACACCCUUCUCCUUUGUGUGGGUGUCUAGUUGUACGUCCUGAAUAACACCAACUUCAAGCCAGACGUGGUUGGGUCUAUGGGAGUGGGGUCAUAGGUCACAGGAUUACAGUGAGGCAACUCAUGUCAACUGCUAUAUUCUAAUCCUAACCUCCAGGCUAACCCAAGCCUCUGAAGAAAAAAAGAUUCAAAUGUAUGAGCUCAACAUAUUUUGUGUGCAUCACCAUGUUACUCAACGAAUACUAAACUGCUUGGUAUUGAAAUAAAAAGGAACUAGAAACUAAAAAUGCUCAAAAUGUGGCAUAUGAGGCAGAAUGACUUCUGAAGUAAAGAUACUGUACUGUAUAUUGGGUGAGGAGUCUUCUAAUAGCCAAACAGCACGCCACACAGCUAAUGACAGAUGAAUAAUAAAGCCUUUAAAACCCUUACUCCCACCUCAUUCUGGCAGGGCAUAUAAGCUUGAUCUCUGGGUGAGCAGUUAGCUAACAAGCCCCUCACUGAGAUGAGACGAGUGGGCAGGUGGAGAGUAUUGGCUUAGCCACAAUGACUCAAUUGAAAUAAUUGAGUCCAGUGUAAUACUACUGAAAAAUGCUGUAAACCAGAUCCUUAGUAUCUGAUUAGGUAAUGGAAGCCAUCACGUUCUCUUAGCAACCAUUAGUGGUGAAAUAGCCCAAAUGUUCAUAUAAGGACUAAAUGUGAAUGUUUCAAAUCACAUACAAUCUGAGUUUGUUGUAAGUAGAGGGGACUUUUACAAAUGCCCAAGUUGCCAGUAUAGAAAUAAAUAAAUGGGGAAAUAAUAAAUCGCCAGCAGCUGUGGACAGGUGGCAUUUCAGCCUGCACCGUUUAACUGUGCAGUCUGGUUUCUGACAGCUUGAUUUAGUCUCCUGCACCUGAGCCAGAAACGAGAGAGAAAAUUAACGACAGGAAAAACAGCUUAACUAGAUUCCAAUUUGCCUGCUUUGAAACACAAUUGAUGAAGCUAAUGGACGUUUUGGUAACUGUACCAAGGUUGUUGUGAUCAUGCAAAGGCUGUACAUACUCAUUCUGGACCAGGUGCACAGGGCAGUCAGAAAGAUAAUAGUGCUGAUAUGAUUUACCCUUGAUCUGCCUUCUGAGCCUAGUUCUGUUUAAGGAGGGACAAUAGGGGUUGUCCUUAAGGUACAAAAUACAGAUUAAAGUGACUCAAAGGGAGACGAUAGGAUACACGCUGUUCUCCCUGCUGUGACCAGGGUGUAAUCCCUCAGUUUUAGAGAAGUAAAAAGUUUGAGGAGUAGAGAAAGUUACACAUAUUUCCCUUCUGGCCCCCCUACAGAGCAGAGUGUGUGAGGCAGCAGGGGAUAACCAUAUGCUAUCAAAGUGUUCUUCAAAGCUCCCAUUCCCACUAAAUUAUACAGUACCAUCACAUAUACCUGACAAAAACAGAAGAACCAUAAUUAGGCAGCUCACUGUACAAACUGAAACAAACAAUAUACUAACUAAACAAGUUUUAAGAAAUAUUUUACGCUUCUUCUGGAUCAUUUUGUUUAAAUUGUGGCUGUGUCCCAAUAAUGUGGGUUAGCUUGUGAUUUUGUACUUACAUGCUUAAAUAUUGCUGCUGGUGGACAAUUAAAAAUGUAUGAUUUCUAUCACAAUACGCCCCUUUCCUGUUACCAGAGGUUAAUUUGUGCUCACCCCUCAUUUCAAUUGUACUUUAGUAAAUGUCCACAUUAUUUCCCACAUGAGCCGGGACGAGGGGUUUGAUUAUUCAAAGGUAGGCCUUGGUCGGCUCUGUUAUCGUCAGAGGGCUCGUAAGCUGCGAUAACUGCUUCUAGGGUCUUAUUGCUAUGACGAUCAGCCCCUUGCCACUUGGCCUCCCUGACCCCAGUCAAAGAUAAGCUUUAUAGGAAAGCACAUUAACAUGCACUGGCAGUCACCUCCCUCCUUUAUCAAAGGCAGUUCUGUGAAAUCAAGUGUUUAUGGACCCCCAGUGAGGGUAUAGUGCUGCUGAUUGCCUAUAUUAGAGGCUGAGUGUAAAUGAGCCAGAGGUGGACAAAGGACCUUUAGUAGUGAAGAGAAGUGAGGAUGUGAUACUGAUGUUAUUCUCACUAAAUGAGCAAUAUCUUUAAUGACUGCAUCACCUUAUGAGCCGGUUCCUAGCGCCUGGAUUACAAAUACUGUCUGCAGUCUAAAUAUAUCCAUGUCUUCCAUUCAUUCUACAAAAACUGACAGUACCCUGAGAGACCUUAAAUGUGCUUAUAGAUAUAAUGUAACAUUAUAUUUUGGAGUCAUUUAAUCUAUUAGCACUACUGUAUAUUCUAAGUAACAGAAUCUUCCUUCAAUGUCUUCUCUUUUGUGUUACACCGAUUCUAUUAACUAAACUGUCAAAUGGGUGUCUCUUUUAUAUCAUUGCACAUGUGUUACAUUGAUAUGGGCAUUUUUCUGUGGUUACGAGUGACAAGGCUGAAAAAAAUACAGAGGUGUCAGUGGUGUGUACCUGCGUACUGCCCAAUCACUGGUAAAAGAUCCUUUCAGUUAUGUCUGCAAUGAUGGAUGAUGAUAGCCCUGUGUCUCUGUACACAUCUGGGGCUCUACUGUUGUCACUGGACAGAUAGAGGGAGUGAGAAGGAGAAAGAUGUAGUUGCAGCUUAAUGUCCUUCUCUAGUGCUGUGCAUGCUCUUUCCUAUUUGCUUUUCCCUUCACGGCACGGUUAACAUUGUAAAUUAACCUUUCCGAGCUCCCUGUGCUCAGAGACUGGUGCGCAAUACAGACAAAAGGUGGGUGGGGGGGAAUCAGUGUUAUGCAAUACACUAGCACUGGCCAGAGAUGUAGCCUGUUACAGAAUUGAGGUAUUCCUUCUUCAGUGAUGGGAAUAAAACAACACACUUUGUUCAUUCAAGCAAACAUUCUAUUUUAUGUGCAUGUCCCCUGUACUCUGCAAAUCGGUAUGAGGCUGCUUUUUGUUCUCCAUCCUAGAAAUGUAAAUGAAACAUGAAAGAAAAUUGUAUUGUAGAUUCUUCUCUUUUUAUUUCAAGCCUGUAAAUAGGAUGUAAAUACCAAACAGCUAUGCAUGCUAAUAUACAAGCAAUUUGUUCAGGUACUUUUGUAGCCCAGACUUCUCAUAUGGCAUGCAAUGAAAAAAAAAAAAAAAAAAGUAAAGAUGAAAAAAAUUCUAAUAAAUUGUGAACAAGGAUAUGGUUUGUAAACUACUUCAAAACUGGAAAAUAUAUGUCUUUGCUGUUAAUGUUUUCUUACUGAUAACUAAUGCAUUGGCCUGCCAUUUACUACAGUGCUCUGCUCAUGUUACAUUAUCUUUUUUUAUGUUUCAUAAGGUAGGGCUGAGGCAAAAAAGACCAUAAAUUGCAGGUUUGUGGGAAAAUCGGGUUGGGGAAUAAGAAGAUGAGGGGAAGGAUGGCAGUCUAACCAUACUCUUUGUAGUUUUUCCAUUGCCACUGCACGUUCACAUGCAUACUUAAUAAUUAAUUACAUAUCCUUAGUGUCUAACACAGCCAAUAAAAUGCCACGGCAAAAUAGUUUAGCUUAAAAGCAGUAGAAACUGGGUUGCCAUUUGAGUUAUCUUACCAAAAAGAUAUAUCACCAGCUUUAAAGUGUGCUGUUAUUUUAAAAUGGCAUACAUUUGUUUCUGAUAAACCACAAAACCAUUAAAUAAACUACAAAGCUGGUACAACAAGCAAUUUGAACUCAUCCCAAAUUGUCCAAAUCAUGAGGAGAGAUUUUGAAAACUUUGACAUUUUUUCUUAUUUGUAAGAUUAUAUCGAGUGAAAACGAUGAUCUGUAUGCCAAAUUUGCCUCUGCCCCAGCAACUCUAAUAUGACAUUUUAUGAAGAUAGGGAUAGAAGUAGCAAGAAUCUUUAUGGCUUCUAAGAGUGUUUAUUUUCAACCAUGUUAGAACCAUGUUAAAUCCCAAGGCGCUCAUGGUAGAUGGAAGUGUAAUUUUUA